UACUGAUAAGAUAUUAACGACGGUUUAAGAUAUGGAAUAUCUUAAACCAUGCUAUUAUUAUUUUAUGCUAUUAUAAGUAUUAACAUGCUCAAAUUGAUCACUGCAGUCUGCAAUGUACGGUUUAAAUACAAUUUAUAAUAGUUGUCUGUUUAUCACACAUGAAACAAGUUUCAUACAAUAGUUAACGAACCAGUAGUCAGUACCCAUAGAAAUUGAGGAAAACGUUCUAUAAUAGCGAAUUCCCAACCCAACCCUAGGUUAUAGGUAAGGAAUAGUGGUUUAUGAAUUUUGAUUACAGAUUUAUGAACACAAGUAUUUUGUAUAGAAUAUCGAUUUAGUUUAUUGAUAGUUUUUUGAGAUGAAAUGGAUGCCAUUAAAGAAGGUAUUGCAACAAGCAUACCUAAUGAAAUUAAGAAACGCAAGAAAAAGAAAAUAGUCAAAGACUCUAAUACCAAUACAACUGCCAUUGCUUCCAAGACUUUAAAUGAUGUUAAUCAUUCAUCAGAAUUAAAGAAAAUGCUUAAAGAAAAAAAAAAAAAGAAAAAACCAAAUGAGGUGGUGCUUAAAGAAAAAAAAAUGGUACUGGAAGAAGUGAUAGAAAAAACACUACCAGUCUCUAACAAUACUAAAUCCAAUGAACUGCAAAAAAAAGCACAAUCCAAUUUUAAAUGUUCUGUUUGUUCUAAAACAUUUAUAUUUCAUUCUUUAUUAGUGAGACACAAUACACAACAUACACAUGAAAAACCAUUUGAAUGCGUAAUUUGUGCCAGCUCAUUUACGCAAAAAGUGUCUUUGGAUCAUCACUUAAAAUUACAUUCUGGUGAGAAGCCUUUUGAAUGCAAAAUUUGUGGCUCAACAUUUUCAAAAAAAUCAAACUUAAGUACCCAUGAAAAAACACAUACUAAUGAAAAACUUUUAGUUUGUAAAUUUUGUAACAAAUCAUUUAAGCAAUCAUUUACAUUAGUUAAUCACGAAAGAACCCAUACCGGUGAAAAGCCUUUUCAGUGUAAUGUGUGUUUGAAAUCGUUUGCAAAAAAAUAUGGAUUGGAUGUACACUAUCGAAUACAUACUGGUGAGAGACCAUACUUGUGCGUAAUUUGUAACGGAUCAUUCCUUACCAACAGCGAUCUAAAGAGACAUACAAAAAGAAACCACAAAACAUAAUACAAAAUGUUGACAGUUAAAAGUAAUUUUGUACUCAUUUUUAAUUUGUACAUACCUUACAAUAUUAGAGAACUUUGAAAUAGAAUUUGGUUCUUCAUGUAUUUAAAAAUAAAUUUACAUUAUAAUAUAAUAUGUUAAAUAUGAGUGUAAUGUUAAGAACAUCUAGAACUAAAAUAAUAAUACCAAAGUUCUGUUCUCUGUAGUACUUAAUAUAAAUAAAUAAAUAUACACAUAAUAAU